AUGUCACAGCCUAAGACUUAUUAUGCUUUCUUUGAUCACAAUUAUAACAGAUAUUAUUAUAUGAAUGUUAAAACACAAGAAACUACAUGGGAGUACCCAUCCGAAGAUUGGGUUUUUGAUCCUGAUACACAGCAGCUUUUUACAAAUCCGUUGUUGCGCUCUAAGACUGGCCAUGAAAAUGAAGGUAUUACAGUUCCUAAAAAAAUUGGAGAAGAAACCCAACAACAAGAAAAUCCUCAAAACGAAACUCCACAAGAGAAUCAAGAAAAGCCACAGGAAACUGUUAAAGUUGAAGAGAGCCGUAUUUCGAAAUCACAGCAACCGUCUGCUUCAGUAAUUCCAAUAACUGUUAACGAAUCAAAACAAAAUUCAGAUCCAAAUUUGCUAGGAUUAAAGACAAACAAAUUCAACGGAGCAAGGACAUACACGUACAAUGUAUCAGAAGAGGGCCAAUCUCCAAUUAUUCUCGAAAUUGACCAAUCAAUUAUGAAUUUCGACUUAACUUCCUUACGAUCAGCAAAUAACUUUAAAUUAGAAAAUCAGCAAACCACACAUAUUCCAAGUUCAUUUUUAUGCGAUAAUCUUCCACCAGAAAAUAAAACUCAAUCCCAGAACGUCGAACAGCCUGAUACAACAGCAGAAAGCCAGGCUCAGGAAGCCCAGCAAGCCGAGAGCGAAGCACCGAAGCCCGAAGAUUCCAAAAUCGUUUUUCAACCGAAAGUUAAUCAAGGAACGAACUAUCUACCAGCUGAUGCCGAAAAAUCAUCGAGAGAAUACAGCCUUACAAAGUACGCCGAGUCUCACUUCAAUGUUCAUCCGAAAAAGGGAAGAUUAUCUCGAAAGAACAUUUCCAUGGAAUCAUUGACAUCAUUUGAUACACAGCCAAUUGCUACACCAUUAUUAAAGAAUUUACCAGAUGAUUGCCAGAAAUUGGCUCUCAAAAUGUUCAAUUUUAUUCUUGUCUACACAAAAGUGCAGAAAAACAAAGCUAAAGUCCCUCCUUCACUCAUGAAAUUCGUCGGAAUGCUCAAAGAUGAACCGCGAUUAAUCGAUGAAGCAUAUUUUCAGGUCAUGAAACAAACAAACGGAAAUCCGCCAGUUGACAACUUAGUGCAUGCUUGGGAACUUUUACUUACUCUUGCAACAAUAUUCCCAUCAUCAAAAGGAGUAGAAAUGUGGGUAAAAUCACAUAUCGCCAAAAAUCUCAAAAAUGCUAAUCGUGGACUCAGAUUAAUAUCCGCAUUUACAUACAUUCGCUAUUGCACGAGAAUGGCAAUAGGUGAACCAAUGGAAAACCUUACAGAAGAUUAUGUCAGUAAUAUUCCAACGCAUCCACUUACAUUUAACACUACAUUCGGAGCCUCCAUCUACGCAAUCAUGUGGUGCCAGCGUCGCCAGCAUCCAACUUACCCAAUUCCAUACUUUUUAGUACAAAUGUGCGCCAAACUCAUCCAAAUGAAGUGCUACGAGGUCGAAGGUAUCUUCAGAAUGCCAGGUUCAAUGUCGAAAGUCGAAGAAUUCGUUGUAAAAGCCAACCAAGGCGUAGAUGUGAUUCCAUUAAUCACAAAUCCUCAUGAUGGAGCUUCUUUGAUCAAGCGUUGGUUCAGAGAUAUCACAGAUCUCGUUGUUCCUUCAUCCAUGGCCGGAUAUCUUACAGAAGCCGGAAAGAAUGACCAGUUCAUCGAAUUUGCUGCUGCUCUUCCACCAGUAAAUUCAAUGACUCUCGGUUAUUUGAUCGGUUUCUUGCAGGAAGUCGCAAAAUACCAGAAUAUCACCAAAAUGGGACCAAAGAACCUUGCAAUGGUUUUCGCUCCAAACAUCGUCCAGUUCGAUGUUGCUGCAGCUGCUGGUUCAACAAAGCUCGACGCAGGCAUCGGACAGUUCUUUUUGGAGCAAUUGAUCGAAAAGUGGGACGUUUCCCUCAUUUACCCAAUGGAACUCGAGAAAGAUAACAAGUACAAAUUGAACGAAGUUUUGUGA